AUGGCAGUCGAGGACAGUUCUCGGCAUCCGCAAGAUCCUCAAUGGUCACUCAGAUCCUGUGACCAAAAAGAUAAACACCACGUAUCAACAUCGUUGAAUUACUGGAAUGAUCCUGGAGAUGGCUCUCGCCCAACGCCCAUCUUCAUUGGCAAGAGCAGAGUCACUAACGAGCGGCCAACUAAGCCUUAUCCAUAUCAAGUGUCGGAUAUUAGUGGAGAGGAAGACCAGUACACGCUUGAUAAACAUGGGUUUCAGUACUGUCGCCACGUGUCCGCGGAGAAGGAUUUUACCGACAACUGCAGCGUUGAGGGUGCCUAUUACUCUGAAUGCAGAGAGCUUUUGAAAGAGGUCACAGGAGCUAGCCGCGUCCAUAUUUUCAACCACAAGGUUAGACGAGGUCCGACGCAAUGGCAUCACUUGGGACUGAACAACCUGGCGAACCGAGGCCCUGUCACUAGGACCCAUGUGGACCAGUCUUAUGAUGGAGCCGAGAUGAGGCUCAGAUGGGAAUUUCCCGACGAAGCUGACGAUCUUGUCAAGAAGCGGUAUCAGAUCAUAAACAUCUGGCGUCCCAUCGCAACAAUAUUGAAAGAUCCGAUCGCAGUGGCAGACGCGAGAUCUGUGCCAGACAGUGACCUUGUUGCGGCUGACAUGGUUGAGGACGGCUAUAAAGGAGAGUCCUGGGUUGUCAGGUCAAACCCAGUGCAUCGAUGGUUUUUCAAAUACAAGCUCGAGCCCGACGAGGUGCUUCUCAUCAAGUGCUUUGACUCAAAACUGGAGGUGGCUCGACGAGCCUUGCAUUCAGCUUUUGAAGAUUCUUCACACAAGGAUCUUGAGUCGAGGCAAAGCAUUGAAGUCAGAUGCUUGGUGUUAUAUGAUGAGUAA